GCCACGCAAUUCACAGAGUUGAAUUCAAUGUACCUAGCUUUGAAUGGACGAAGAUCUAAUGGAACUGGAAUAUACAUGAACACUAAUGUCUACAAAAGUCAUAUUAAAUUAUUUUCUCAAAAAGAUGACCAUUUCCAUGGGAUGAUCCACACUAAACAUCAGGCAUGUUGAUCCCUGAUCAGUGCCCUGGAAAGGCUAUAAAUAGGAGUGAACGCCAUUGGAAGUGAGACAAAGCUUUCCUUCUGACUGCAAUUAGUAAGUUGAAUUCAAAUUGCUGUAAUGGCUUUUACAUUUUCUGAGAUGCCUGCAAUACUAGGAGGUCCAACAGCAGGGUCUCUGUUCAUGACCAUAGUAUUUACAGUCUUGGGUUUGUGGGUUUUGUGCAAAUUGUUAGGUUUGAAGAGGGGAAAUGAAAAGGCUUCUAGAUUGCCACCAGGUCCAUUAGGGUUGCCCAUCAUAGGAAACAUGCAUCAAUUGGGGGAGCUCCCUCACCGUUCUCUUCGUGACCUUGCUAAGCAAUAUGGCCCUGUAAUGUUUUUGAGAUUGGGUUCUGCUCCUACUGUGGUGGUCUCUUCCUCUGAUAUGGCCAAAGAGUUUUUGAAAACCCAUGAUUUGGCUUUUGCCAACAGGCCUGAAUCUGCUGCUUCAAAAUAUGUAGCUUAUAAUGAAAAGAAUGUGGGUUUGGCUCCUUAUGGAGAUUACUGGAGACACAUGAGGAAAGUGUGUGUCAUGGAGUUGCUGAGUGCCAAGAGAAUUGAGAGUUUUAGGUCUGUCAGAGAGGAGGAAGUCUCUCUGGCAGUGAAAGCCAUUUGGGAGAAGAGCAAGCAUGGAAAAGUUGUAGUGAAUGUGAGCAAGAUCAUAGCAUCUCUGAUCUCUUCUAUAAUCUGGAGGACACUGGCUGGCACUAAAUUUUCUGAAGAUGAUGAUCUGGUAGGGAAGGAGCUUAACAGAAUGGUGCACCAAGUCACAAGUAUGAUUGGAGCUUUCAACAUUGGAGAUUUCAUUCCUUCCAUUGCUUGGAUUGAUGAUUUGAGUGGUGUUAAGAGGAAAAUGAAGAAAGCCCACAAUUUCUUUGAUGCCGUUGUUGAGAAGAUUAUAGAUGAACACAUGGAAGAGAGUAGGCGCAGGGGAAGUCAGGAACAUGAAAAGCAUACUAAGGACCUGGUAGAUGUGCUACUGGAGAUGCCACAGAAUGAAAAUGAAAUGAAAAUCACCCGAGAACACAUUAAAGCAACAAUCUUUGAUAUGUUUCUUGGGGGUUUGGAGACAACAAUCAACACCUUAGAAUGGGCAAUGAGUGAGAUGGUGAGAAACCCACAAGUUGCCAAGAAGUUGCAGGCAGAAAUUGAAUCUGUAGCAGGAAAAGACCGCAUGGUGAGAGAAUCUGAUCUUGUGGGCAUGGAAUACCUGAAGUGUGUGGUGAAAGAGGUGUUUCGAUUAUACCCUCCAGGGCCCUUAAUGCUUCCACAUGAAGCCAGAGAAGACUGUACUGUUGCUGGCUACUUUAUACCUCAAAAGACAAGGCUGAUUGUGAAUGUGUGGGCAAUUGGAAGAGAUCCAGCAGUGUGGGACGAUCCCUCAACAUUCAAGCCUGAGAGAUUUAUAGGUAAGAAUAUUGAUAUCAAAGGGCGAGAUUUCGAGAUGAUUCCUUUUGGUGCAGGGAGGAGAGGAUGCCCUGGGGCUGGAUUUGCAAUGGCAAAUAUUGACCUUGUUUUGGCUCAGCUGGUGCACUGCUUUGACUGGACUUUGGAAGGCAAUGAUGAUCCCUUUGAGUUGGAUAUGACUGAAACCUUUAGGACCAGUAUUCCCAGAAAAGAUAAUCUUCUUGCUGUUCCCACCUUGAAACUGAAUUUGAGCAUGUAGAAGUUAAGAAAUCCAGUAUAUACUAUUUCAAUCCAGUCUUAUCAACAGCCAUGACUAUACAGAGAACAGAGUUUAAAUUGUUGUAACAGUUCUUUUGUAUUGAAUUUUUUAUUUUCAUAUUUUAUACACUAAAUAAAAUGACCUCUGAUUUAGAAUCU